CGCCGUUUGGCUGGUUGGCAAGAAACAACUGAAAAUCAAAAUGGCGAGAAACGCUCAAUCGAUGUACAGAUGUUCUGAUCGAAUCGUAUAUUUUGCAAGUGUUCAAAUAAAAUUUUAAUAGUGAUUUUCGUGAGUGUACGUGCGAUUAGUGUUGAUAAAUGAAAAUAAGUCAAAAUGACUGAUCAAAGUUUCGUAAAUUCCUGUGAAAAUGGUAUUUUAAUUGGAAAGCAAAAUGACGUCGUUUCAUUGCAACAACCAAUAUUGGAAACUGAGGCGCUGCCCUCUGUGGAACAAACAGUAAACAACAAACCAUUGUUAAUUGAGGAUACAGAAAUGUGUGGCUCUGCUGUUGAUGUGGUUAAAUUUAAAGAACAAAGUGCUUCUACUAGCGUCGAAAAUGAUUGCAAUUUGUUGAACAAUGCCAAACCGAGAGGUAAACGUAGACGUCGUAAAUCGAAUCGGUCCAAACAAAAGAGCAAUAACACACCGUACAAAAAAUCAAAUUGGAAAUUUCAAAUGCCACGGACUCGAGGCGAAGAGGAAAGAUCUGGUCUCGUGCCAUACAAUACAAACAAAUUUCUGAUGGAAGAGCAUAUGCCAGAGGCGAUAUUGGGCCGUGUGUCACCGUCGGGUAGAACACGAAAUUCCAGUUUUUCAGUUGACUCAGAAGACUAUUUCAAUGCAUUGCCUGAAGAUGAAGAAGCAUUUUUGACCAAAGAAUUUUCCAGCGUAUAUGAAACGGCUCGUGCGGAACGAUUAGACGGAAUGAGCAAAAAUCAACUCAUCAAGGAAUAUCUACAGUUGGAAGCCACUUAUGAUAAACUUUCAAAAACCUUGGGUGCUAGAGUGAGUUCAGACGUGGAUGCUAAAGCCAAAGAUUUCGAAAGUAAAAAUGUGAUUUGUCGUUUGGAAGAACGAGUAAAACAAUUGACCGAAGAAAAUUUAGAACUGCGUCGUCGAAUGGCAGAUAUUAGAAAUCGAGGACAACGAUCACAUUCGCAUGGGAGCCAUUACACGAUUUCCAGUUCCAGUGAGGAUAGUGAGAGUGACAGUACAACAUCAAGCAGUAACACCAGCCGUUCUCGAAGCAGGUCGAAUAGUUCAAGCGGUGUAGAAGUUAUCGAUAUGUUAAAUUGUAAUAGUAACCACACACAAAUGCCGUUGGAGUGAUGGAGAUGGAUUCGUUAAGAGACUCGUUUUUGAUUUAUGAAAUAUAAAAGUGCAUACAAUUCAUACAG